AUGUUAAGACGUCUCAUCACUCUAAUUCCGAUCAUCUUCCUCCUCGGCUCCGCGUUGUUGCUCUUCUUCCUCAACUUGUGUGGUGCCAAUACCUCCUCGGUAUUGGGCGAGUUCUACUGGUCCCAGACGGACACUUCUGGCAUCCCCAGCGCCAACCGUGACCUCACAAGAUGGACGCUCUACAACACUUGUGGCGUGCAAAAUGGCCGCAACGUCCAGUGUGACUCCGCGGCUCCCGCCUUUCCCUACUCGCCAGUGGACAACUUUGGCGGCUCGUCCGGAUUGCCCUCGACGUUUUCCUCCAGCAGAAGCACCUUCUUCUACAGCACCAGAAUCGCCUACGCCUUCUUGUUGAUCGGGUUGGUGUUCAGCGUGGUCGCGGUGUUAUUUGUGCUCUUGUCGUGCUGCUUGUCUGGCCACAUCUCCGGGAUCCUCAGCGCUAUCGUGGUAUUGAUCUCGUUUGUGUUCACGGUCAUUGCUGCGUCGUUGUUGACAGCAGCGCAUGCCAGAGGCAAGAACGCAUUCAACAAUGCAGGCCAUUCUUCCAGGCUUGGCGUCAAGAUGUUUGCCCUCUUGUGGACCACAGUGGCGUUGCAGUUGCUUUCGUUUUUCACCUUGAUCUUCACCAGCUCCUACUCGCGCUGGUCCAAGCGCAAGCACUACGAGGAGCCCUACACUUCGGAUAAACUAAGCUCCAACUACUCAGGUUGA